AUGCGGACUUCUCGCUCGUUGAGGAAGUGUUCUGAAGAGAGGCACGAUGCAUUUAUAGAAUCGCUACUGAGUUGGGAAUUGGCAGGUUGUCAGGUAUCCGUACCUCGAACAGUGCAAUUAAAGAAAGCAGUCCUCAAUGUGUACAGUAACGACGAUAAUGCAUGUUUCUAUUGGGCAGUGGUGGCAAGCCUAUAUCCAGCUAAAAAUAAUUUGAAUCGCACGUCAUCCUAUCCACAUUACAGCGAUGUGCUCCGCACCGAAGGAUUCCAAUUGCCGAUGUUGUUCAAGGACAUACCAAAGUUCGAAAAAGCGAACGACGUUUCCGUGAACGUGUUCGAAUGGGGAGGAAAACAAGAAAGAUGUCAGAGGUUGCAUUUGACCUCAAGGAAACGGGAGAAACAUGUAAAUUUGCUGCUCAUACAUGACUCUGAAAACUUGCGCAAUCAUUAUCUAUGUAUUAGGAAUUUAUCUUGUCUGGUUUCAUCUCAGAUCAGCACGCAGCUCAAUAAGUAUAUUUGCGAUCGGUGUCUACAGUAUUUCAGAUCGCAGGAAAAAUUGAACAUUCGCGAGAUUGAUUGCAGUCGAAUGAAUGAAUGUGCUUUGAUACUUCUGACGGAAGACGAUAAGUGGCUGAAGUUCAAGAAUUAUGCAUACAAGGAACCGACACAGUUCGUUAUCUACGCAGACUUGGAAAGCAUGCUGGAGACGCAGAGAGAUCAGGGUCAUGGAGCUUACUGUAGAUAUCAACAUCACCAUGCCUUCAGCGUAGGUUAUUACCUCCAUUGUCGAUACGACAGUUCGUUGAGCGAGUAUCAGGCUUAUCGUGAUGAGAAAGGUUGUAUCACAUGGUUUGCAUCGAAGUUGCACGAGUUGAGCUGUAAAUUGCAGCCGGUGUUUGAUCGAACGGUUCCAAUGGCUCCGUUAACCGCCGCGCAAAUCUCAACUUUUCGUACCGCCACGUAUUGUCACGUGUGCGAAGAACCACUCGGUAAUGACGACGUGCGAGUGCAUGAUCAUUGUCAUUUCACAGGUGCGUAUCGGGGUCCGGCGCACAGCCGUUGCAAUCUGAGCUAUCAAUCCUCGUACGUGAUACCGGUGGUUUUUCACAAUUUGUCCGGCUACGACGCACACUUUUUCAUCAAAGAAUUGGCAAACGCGUUUGAAGGUAAAAUAGACGCGUUACCGCUGACGAAAGAGAAGUACAUUUCUUUCACGAAACACAGUAAGAGGAAUAAAGAUGCGAUCAAAAAAUCGUGGAAGAAGUGCAUAAAGUUUCGAUUCAUCGAUUCGUUCAAGUUCUUGAAUUCGAGUCUGGACAAGUUGUCGUCGUACUUGGACAAGAGCGACUUGCAUAUCGUGAGGAGCCAAUUCAAUCGUCUUUCGAACGAUGAUUUUCAUCUUCUAACCAGGAAAGGCGUUUUCCCAUACGACUAUGUAUCGACCUAUGACAAAUUAAGCGACACUUGUUUACCACCGCGCGAAGCAUUUUAUAAUCAGUUAUGCGACAGCGAGAUAUCCGACGUCGACUAUUGUCACGCGAACGAAGUUUGGUCACGUUUCGGUAUACAAACGUUAGGACAGUACAGCGACUUGUACUUGAAAUUGGAUGUGUUGUUGUUGGCCGACGUGUUUGAAAAUUUUCGCGAAAAGUCGCUCGAGAAUUAUAAACUCGAUCCAGCGCACUAUUAUACGUUGCCCGGUUUCGCGUGGGACGCGAUGCUAAAAUUGACGAAGAUCGAGUUGGAAUUGUUCACCGACGUUGACAUGCUUUUGUUCGUGGAGCGGGGAAUACGAGGUGGGUUGAGUCAAUGUUCGCAUCGUUACGCGCGCGCGAAUAACAAGUAUAUGUCGACGUACGAUUCGGCCGAACCGUCCAGCUAUCUGAUGUAUUUCGAUGUUAAUAAUUUGUAUGGCUGGGCCAUGUCGCAGCCUUUGCCGCACAGGGGUUUCCAAUGGGUUGACGAUACGAGUAAUUUCAACAUCGAUUCCGUGCCGAUCGACAGUCCCGUCGGGUACAUUUUAGAGGUCGACUUAGAGUAUCCUCAGGAAAUUCAUGAUGCUCACGCGGAUCUUCCAUUUUGCCCGAUUCACGAGGUUGGGGCGUUGCAAAAGAAACUGUUGACAACGCUUAGCGAUAAGAAUCGUUACGUUCUCCAUUAUCGAUACCUCCAGCAAUGUUUGAGGUAUAAUUUAAAAUUAAAGAAAAUUCAUCGGAUACUGAAGUUUGAACAAUCAUGUUGGUUACGCCGUUACAUAGAUUUAAAUACGAGGUUGCGCGCCAACGCAAACAAUGACUUCUCGAAGAAUCUGUUCAAACUGAUGAACAAUGCAGUGUUUGGAAAAACGAUGGAAAACGUUCGAAAUCAUGUAAACGUAAAGUUGCUCUCGCGAUGGAGCGGUCGAUACGGUGCUGGGCGUUUAAUAGCUCGACCAAAUUUCCAUAGCUGUACCGUAUUCUCCGAGGAUUUUGUCGCAGUUCAAAUGAACCAGCUUUCUAUUAAAUUUUAUAAACCUAUUUACAUAGGCAUGUCAGUGUUGGACAUAUCAAAAUUACAUUUGUAUGAUUUUCAUUAUGGCUACAUGCUUCCAAAUUUUCAAGAAAGAUGCAGGAUUUUGUACACGGACACGGACAGUUUAAUUUAUCAGAUUAUUUGCGACGACGCGUACGAGAUGAUAAAACGUGACAUUCACCGAUACGAUACUUCCAAUUAUGACAGAAAUAACGUGUACGGUGUUCCGAUCGCGAAUAAUAAAGUAUUAGGAUUAAUGAAGGACGAGAACGGGGGCAAAAUCAUGACAGAAUACUCCACUUCGAUGAAACGGACGUUUCAGCAGUCGCAACCUCAGUCGCAGCAGAAGCAAUUGCAGAUACCGCGCAACGUACGAAUCUUGGGUAGAAGAUACCCCAUAGCCGGCAAUUAUUUCAAGUUCCUUGAAAUUUGUGUACGCGUGGAUGAAAAUUUGCGCGUCGAGUUCGUCUUGGGGGACAAUCGUGGAACAGAGAUUUCUUUUUCAAUGACUACAUGGAAACAGCUGGUGAAAACUAGAGAUUAUAUUCACAGUUACCUCGAUACGGACAAGAAGGAAAAACAAAUCCAUGAGACUUUAUCGUUACAAAUUGUUAAUUUUAAUGGAAUGAGCCUAAUCAAGUUGUUUGAUUCUCAAGCAUCGAUUUAUGUUACGAAAGAGACGAUGGAUAAUUUGUACAAAUUAGAGUUAUGUAUGGAUCAUAUGUAUUCAUGGUUAUUGGAAAAUAUUCCAGAAAUUCAGGAUAGAUUCGCGAAGCUCGUUGACAUUGUAAAAAACGCCAAUAACGAGCAGAAUUAUGCGACCGCAAUUUUUACAAACGAAUUGUUCCAACGAAAUUACCUGAUCGAUUGCGAAUUGUUAGCUUUAUGUUUAGAUCUAAUCGUAUCGAAAGCGAAUCGUUGA